AUGGCGAUCAGCGAAACCACUUUGAAAGACACAGUGCUUAUGUUGGUCGAACAGCAGAAUGCACGUGGUGGCCUGCUGGGUCGUCCACUGGAAGCGAUCGUUGUAGAUCCCGCUUCAGAUUGGCCUCGAUUUGCAGAGCAAUCAAGACUGCUGCUGGAACGUGAGAAGGUGGACGUUGUCUUCGGCUGUUGGACUUCUGUAUCGCGGAAAUCGGUGUUACCGGUUUUUGAAGAACUGAAUGGGCUGCUGUUUUACCCGGUACAGUAUGAAGGGGAAGAAUCGUCUAAAAACGUUUUCUAUACAGGCGCUGCUCCCAAUCAGCAGGCGAUACCGGCUGUAGACUACCUGAUGGCGCAAGGCGUGAAGCGUUGGGUACUUGCAGGUACUGAUUAUGUUUAUCCGCGCACAACCAACAAAAUUCUGGAGGCCUAUCUUAAAAAUAAUGGUGUUGCUGAAACAGAUAUCCGGGUGAGCUAUACGCCUUUUGGUCAUUCUGACUGGCAAACUAUUGUUUCUGACAUUAAGAGUUUCGGCUCGACCGGGCGCAAAACCGCUGUGGUCUCCACCAUUAAUGGCGAUGCGAAUGUGCCUUUCUAUAAAGAACUUUCAAAUCAGGGCGUGACCGCGUCUGAUAUUCCCGUCAUCGCUUUUUCGGUAGGUGAAGAGGAAUUGUCAGGUAUUGAUACCUCACCACUGGUUGGACACCUCGCUGCCUGGAACUAUUUUAUGAGUGUUGAAGCAGAUGCAAAUUUCGAUUUCAUCGAUGAGUGGUUGGAAUUUGUUGAAGAUGAAGAGCGUGUAACAAACGAUCCUAUGGAGGCGCACUACAUAGGGUUUAACAUGUGGGCGCAGGCCGUCACAAAGGCGGGCAGCACCGAUACUGAUGCGGUAGGUGAAGCUAUUGUAGGUGUAACAGUGCCAAAUCUCAGUGGUGGUUACGCCACGAUGAUGCCCAACCAUCACAUCACGAAACCUGUUUUCAUCGGCGAAAUUCAGAACGAUGGCCAAUUUCAGGUGGUGUGGCAGACACCCGGGUCAGUAGUGGGCGAUGCGUGGUCUGACUAUCUACCCGGAUCGAAAGAUCUCAUUUCCGAUUGGCGUGUAGUUGCCGAUCCGUUGAGUCAAACCGCGGUAGCGGCAGUCGCAGCCCUUGCGGAUGCAGAUGACCAGAAGCGCAUAGACGCAAUUCGAAUUCUGGUCAGUGCCGAACAGCGCCAGGCUGAUCUGGUGCUGGCAGCGCUGGAGGAAGGCAACCUUUAUCGUCGGCGGGCAGAUGAUCGAGUUGUGAUUGCCACCAGGGAUGGCCGCCAAUUCAAUCUGGUUGCUGCGGCCACCGGCGAAGUGCUGCCACCUGAAACCAGGCGUGGCGUGCGGCGUAUAGCUAUCAAUAAUGCUUUGCGUGCCGAACUGCGUGCGCUGCGUGCAUCUGCUCGACUCACUGCACCUGAGGCAGCGGUCAGGUUAGCGGCAGUGCAGGAAAUGAUAACAAACCCCACUCCUGGGAUACGUGACAAUCUGGUGCAGAGGCUUGCAGCAGAGUCUGAUGUGCGUGUUCGCUCUGCAUUGGCAACUGCGGUGGCCAUUGCCGACUUGCAGCGGGAUGAUCUGCAAACUCAAAUCGCGGCAGUGACAGAACUGGCUGGCAUUGUCGAACCUGAAGCGCGACGCGUCCUGCAGGAUAUUGUCGACGAUGACGCUACCCCGGCGGAUCUCAGACAGCAGGCUGAAAAAUCUAUUGCGGCCACCGACAAUAAACUGAAGCUCUUUUCCGGGGUGGAAAUUCUUUUUUUUGGCUUGAGCCUCGGCUCGGUUCUAGUACUUGCAGCCAUUGGCCUGGCGAUCACGUUUGGGGUUAUGGGCGUGAUCAACAUGGCCCACGGCGAGUUGAUUAUGCUGGGUGCAUAUACGACUUAUGCAAUGCAGGUGUUGAUGCCUGAUGCAAUCGGCUUUUCCCUGUUGCUCGCUAUUCCGGUUGCAUUCUGUUUAACCGCUCUUGUAGGUAUUGCGAUAGAACGAGGCGUGAUUCGGUUCAUGUAUGGGCGCCCACUCGAAACGCUGCUUGCGACUUUUGGCAUCAGUCUUAUUCUGCAGCAGACCGUUCGCUCAAUAUUCUCGCCCCUUAAUCGAACUGUGGUCACACCAGACUGGAUGUCGGGUUCGCUGGAAAUUACCGCAGGCUUGUCCCUCACGUACAGUCGACUCUAUAUCCUGCUGUUUUCAAUGUUGGUUUUUGCAGGCCUAUUACUGCUUCUUAAUCGGUCGCGGCUGGGGCUGGAAAUACGUGCAGUGGCGCAGAAUCGCAAAAUGGCGAAAGCCAUCGGUGUACGCGGUGAUUGGGUUGAUGCGAUGACAUUUGGGCUUGGCUCAGGGAUAGCGGGUGUUGCUGGCGUUGCACUUUCGCAACUCACUAAUGUCGGCCCUAACAUGGGGCAAGCCUAUAUCAUUGAUUCUUUUCUAGUGGUUGUUUUCGGUGGUGUCGGGAACCUCUGGGGCACUGCGGUGGCAGGAUUGUCACUGGGUGUGCUGAACAAAGUACUGGAACCAACCAUGGGUGCAGUUCUAGCUAAAGUGCUUGUGCUGGAAGGGUCGAGCUUUCAUUUGUCUGCCUACAGCGUGACGCUGAUCGGAAAAUUCCUGUGUUUUGCCCUGCUUGCUUUGUCCCUGGAUCUGGUUUGGGGUUAUUGCGGCAUCCUCAGUCUGGGUCAUGGCGCAUUUUUUGCGCUGGGCGGUUACGCCAUGGGCAUGCACUUAAUGCGGGAAAUUGGUGACCGUGGUGUGUACGGCAAUCCUGAGCUGCCAGAUUUUAUGAUAUUCCUGGAUUGGCAGGCGUUGCCCUGGUUCUGGUAUGGGUUUGACAGUCUGGUGUUUGCCCUACUUAUGGUUGUGUUUGUACCAGGUAUGCUGGCUUUUAUAUUUGGCUGGCUGGCGUUUCGCUCCCGGGUUACCGGCGUGUAUCUUUCGAUUAUCACGCAAGCGCUGACGUUUGCGUUGAUGCUGGCUUUUUUCCGCAACGAAAUGGGUUUUGGUGGCAACAAUGGCUUGACCGAUUUCAAGGAUAUAGCCGGGUUUGAUCUGCAGGAUAACAAUGUUCGAGUCGUCUUUACGCUGAUGUCAGCGCUCGCGCUUGCGGUGGGUUAUCUGCUGUGUCGCUGGAUUGUCAGUUCGAAGUUGGGCGCCGUUGUUAUUGCUAUCAGGGAUGCUGAAGAUCGCACGCGUUUUCUGGGCUAUAAAGUAGAGCGCUUCAAACUUUGGAUUUUUACCUUCUCCGCAAUCAUGGCGGGUAUAGCUGGCGCGCUUUACGUACCCCAGGUAGGCAUCAUCAAUCCCGGUGAGUUUGCGCCAAUCAACUCAAUUGAAUAUGCCAUCUGGGUAGCUGUGGGUGGCCGGGGUACGCUACACGGGGCAAUUCUCGGCGCAAUAUCGGUCAACUAUGCCAAGACAGUGUUUACUGCCGCGCUGCCUGAACUCUGGCUGUUUGCGCUUGGUGCUCUGUUUGUCCUCACCACCUUGUUUCUGCCCAAAGGACCAGACCUGAAACAUGGCGUAAUCCUUUAUCUGGAAGACGUCAGUGUAGCCUUUGACGGUUUCAAGGCUCUUGACCGUCUGAGCUUAACCAUUGAUGCGGGUGAGUUGCGUUGCCUGAUCGGUAGCGCGUUUUAUGGCCAGCGUCUGGAUCUUACAAAGAUGUCCGAGGCAGACAUAGCGCGCGCUGGUAUCGGGCGUAAGUUUCAGAAGCCGACGAUAUUUGAACAGAUGAGCGUGAUAGACAAUCUGCGUCUUGCCUUGCGUGACGAGCUCGAUGUGUGGGCGACGUUGUUUACACGAUUCAAGGACCAUGAAACAGAACGCUUAUAUGCGCUGUUGGAAACGGUAGGUUUAAAGCCAGAUGCACAUGUCAUUGCCGGCGGGCUUUCGCAUGGGCAGAAGCAAUGGCUGGAAAUAGGUAUGUUGCUGGCUCAGGAGCCGCAGCUGUUGCUGGUGGAUGAGCCUGUUGCCGGUAUGACAGAGCAGGAGACUGCCAGGACGGCGCAACUGCUUACAGACCUUGCCGGCGAUCGCUCAGUUGUUGUGGUUGAGCAUGACAUGGCGUUUGUCCGAUCGAUAGCGAAGAACGUCACGGUACUGCAUGAAGGAGUACCGGAUUCGAUUUAUGAACUGUUCCCUGUGUUGCGCACUAUGGCUGGUCGGCGUGGAGGAGAUUUGUCCGGUGGUCAGCAGCAGCAGCUGGCGAUUGGCCGCGCUCUGGUCCUGAACCCUAAGGUGCUUAUUCUCGAUGAGCCCUGUGAAGGUAUCCAGCCGAAUGUUGUGGAUCAGAUUGGAGAGGUUAUUCUGUACCUGAACAAAACUAUGAAUCUGACAGUCCUGCUGGUGGAGCAGAAAUUGCCCUUUGCCCGGCGCGUAGCAGAUAAUUUUGCGAUUAUGGAUCGUGGUGCGAUUGCCGCAAAUGGGUCCAUGGAUGAUCUCAAUGAAGAUCUCAUUGACGAAUAUCUGCGGAUCAGUGAAGGCUGUGAACUCACAGGUGCAAUCGCUUAUGCCACCGAUCGUGGUGAUGCAAAGCAGAUGCAGUUUCAGCAUAUCCUGCACAGCAUUGGAUUCACCGUGAAGCUGCGGCCGGUGUUGAAACGCUUAGACGGAACAACAAAAGCGGAUUGGGAUGUGGGUAUCACCCUGGAUGUUUACGAACAAGCCAGUGCAUGCGACAAAGUGGUGCUGGUUUCCGGCGACGGCGACUUUGAUGUAUUGCUCGAGAGAAUACGCAUAGCUUACGACCUGGAUCCAAUCAGUCCCUUUCCGCCGCCCGCUGAUUUUCUGAAAAUUUCUCCGUUGGGUAAAAUCCCCGCCAUGACCGACGGUGACCUGGCUAUCCCGGAUUCGUCAGCCAUCUGUGGUUAUAUCGAGAAAAAGCACCCGGAAAAUCCGCUGUAUCCCAGCGACCCUGCUGAUUAUGGUCGCGCGCUGUGGUUCGAAGAUUGGGCUGACAACGAACUGCCCAAAGCAACCGCUUCGCUGUUUUUCAAUCGUAUUGCAGUGAAAAUGAUGAAGCGGGAACCGGACGAAGCGGUCAUUCAGAAAAUACUGGAUGAUGUGCAGCCGCCAAUAUUCGACUACCUGGAGGCGCAGAUAGGCGAUAAAACCUACCUGGUUGGGGAUAGGUUCAGUAUCGCGGAUAUCGCGGUGACCUGUCAGUUUAUUCAGAUGUUGUAUGCCGGUGAGCAACUGCCUGGCAAAAAGUAUCCGAAUAUCACUCGGUACGUGACGGAACUUAUGCAUCGCAGUUCUUUCAAAGAUCUGGUGAACAGCGAUCCAUUUAUCAAAAUCUAG